CACAUUGGGGGCGUGGCUGGUACACUCAGAGCUGUGAAAGUAGCUAGCUAGCUACUGACUAGACUGUCGACUCGACUAGCAAUGGCUGGGACGGCGAUGGAAGAGCGAAGCGCUGGAGGGCCCAUUCUGCAAGGAUUUAAACUUAAUUGGAUGAAUCUACGAGACGCUGAGUCUGGGCGAGUGCUGUGGCAGAGCAGAGAUGAUCUAUCAUUACCAGGUCGUGAACACGAGGCAAAGGUACCAAAAAAAAUCCUGAAAUGUAAGUCAGUCUCUCGUGAGAUCAACUUCUCGUCAGCUCAGCUCAUUGAGAGCUUACGACUGGAGCAGCGAGUUCAUUUCAAGGGAAAGCUCAUGGAAGAAUGGAACUUUACUUUUGGAUUUGUGAUACCAGGUUCGACCAACACAUGGCAGUCAGUGAUAGAAGCUGCCCCAGAGUCUCAGAUGCUCCCAGCCAGUGCACUAUCGGGGAACGUGAUAAUAGAGACCAGGUUCUACAAUGGUGUCGAGUUAGUCAGCACCUCGCAGGUUCGACUACACUACAUUUAGUGACACUGCUCAAACUCAACAAAAUAUCACUUGUAUAAUUAUAAUAACAAAUAUAUAAACAUGAUUAAAUUUUGAUAA